AUGGUAAAAGGACCACCAACCCAGCGAGCCCGAGUGAUCGAUUGUCGGCAAGACGCUGUUAGAGCAGUAAGGUACAACGUUGAUGGCAACUACUGUCUAACAUGUGGUAGUGAUAAAUCGGUGAAACUCUGGAAUCCGAUCAAAGGGACGUUGUUGAAAACUUAUACCGGGACUGGUAAUGAGGUAUUCGAUGCUGCGUCGUCCUCAGACAACUCUCAGGUGGCUGCUGCUGGAGCUGACAAAUGCUUGACGAUUUUUGAUGUGGAAACUGGAAAGAUCGUGAGACGAUGGAGAGCACAUGCCGGUGUGUUUUUUCGUCAUUACUAA